CAUCCGUACCGUGCAGAUUUGAUCGUGUAGGGGAAAACCCGCGUGUGAAAUUAAUUCGCUAAUUAAUUUAAAGCUGUCGAUUCGGCGGUGCUGACUGCAGUAGCUCAAAUUCCUAAGAUGUUGCCUGGCAGAAAUAGAAGAAGAGGCCAGUAAAACUGAAGCAAGAUGGACACUCGCGAUGACGAGUGGCAUCGAACACGGCGACGUGCUCGUGCCAUGCAUCAUCCGAUGGCGACAGAACGCGACUUUCAUGACUUUGCUAGGAUGCCCGGUGGCAUCUGGUGGUACGUGGAAGAACUGAAGCAACAGGGUAAUGACAUCAUCCACCACAAUCCGAGAGAGGCCGUCGGUCUGUACACCAAAGCCAUGGAGAUUGAUGAGAAUCCAGAGCAUCCGUUUGAUCUACUGACGCCGCGAGAGAAGGCGAUGUUGCGCAGCAAUCGCUGCACAGCGCUGAUGAAACUCCAACAGCUUGGCCCGGCCUUUGAAGAUGCAAUAGAGUGCAUUAGAAUCGACCCAACAUUCCAAAAGGGUUACUGGCGUGCUGCCACUGUCAUGAAGCAGAUGGGCAAGGAGGAUGAAGCUUUGGAGGCCCUCAUCGACGGCUAUCCCAAGAUUCUAGGUGACAACAAGGAGGCUGUUGACUUCCGCUUCAACUUUGUCUAUGAGAUCACAUUUCUGACUGUUCAACUGUGGGAUAAGUGGAAGAAGUCACAGUUCCUCUUCAGACUUCUGGACGUCGCUACAUCCGUGUGGACUGAAGUUGUGCAACGCCUGGCCAAGAACAAGGAGUAUCAGGGUCUGCAUCUGGUGUUCCUCCGCGGUGGUACUCAGUCGGGCAAGACAUUUGAGAUUGGGCAAGGCGGUGCAGCCAAGGGCUGUGACACAUCCGGUAUAGACCUCCGACCCUUAGUCCGUGAUCUGUCCGGCAGGGAAUACGACAGUUGGAGCAUGCAGUUGGUAGUGGAGCUGCUCAAACAUGGCUCCAAGGUGGUAGGGCUUAGCCAGAAGGAAGGGGACACCCCCUUGCACUGUGCUGUGGAGAAUGCCCUGAGAACUGGAUGGGUGGGCCUGUUGGAGUACCUCUUCAUUCACCUUUACAAAACGAGCGAACGAAGGAACCUGCCCGACAGAUUUGGGGACUCGCUCUUCCAUCUGGUUGCCAAGAAAUCCGGCCCCGCUGCCCACGCCAAAUCGGUCGUGGACGUCCUCCGGAAGUACGGGGUCGACCCGACCAGAAAGGACCGGCGGGGAAGCAGGCCGGUGGAGCUGGUGCCGCUGACCAAUCAGCAGAUGGCUGAGAAACGAGGCUUGCUGAGCGACGUAGCCCUUGCUUGGGAACAACAUGUUAAAGUGCAGCAGAAGCAGCAGCAACAGCAGCAGCAACAACAGUUCCAGCAACAGGCAAGGAAUAUGCCGAGCCAACGCUUUCCUGGUCCCCACUUUGCAUCUGGUAACCAGACUCAGGCGCGAUACUUCCCCACAAGACCUCAGGCCAGGCCCCAGCCUCAACCCCAGCCUCAGCCCCGGGCCCAGUUCUUUGAUCCUAGCAGGAUAUUCAGCGCCUCGCCAAGGCCAAGUGACUCGACUCCGUUCUUUGAUCACUCCAAACUAUUCGGAGGCCCUCAGGUAAGCCUUUCAUUCUUUUCCAUAGCAAGGAAAAUGGUCCACAUGGGAACAAACAAACUCCCGCAGGAAUAUUAGUUUUACACUUAUGCAAAGGAGCCAUCUUUUUUGUACCCCGCCAGCGAAGCCG